AGAAACCGGAGAAACAACUGGUUCAUUUGUCAAACAUUGGCCUUGUGUGUGACUUUGUCCUCAGGCGGUUUCCUCCCUCGUCCACCUUACUUACCUGUAAGGUGAGUCAACACCUUCACUCGGAGGGACGAUGUCCAACCUGCCGGACAUUCCUGCUCUCCAUAAACUCCGGUGGAAACAACAAGGAAACGAGGAGAGAGGGGAAAUGAAUCAGUUUACCGGAACGUACACGCACACCUCUGUUGCUCGUGUCGUCUGAUGUGGAGAAGUUUGACAGUUUCCUGCCGUGCAUAAUGAAGAUGUUCUCCUUUCUCCGUCCAGUCAGGGACCCCCCCCCUGAAGACAUCCACAUCUCCUCUCUGCCUCCCAGUGUUCCCAUAGAUCAGGAGGCAGAACAAGCUGGAGGACAAGCAGAUGAUGUGGUGGGAGAGAAAGCAGUGAUCCAGACCACACACACACACAGAGUCUCUGCUCCCUCGGUCUUCCUCCAGAAACAGGAUAAUGACCCUUUGUCUAGUACUUACUUCGACCAGAGGGUCCCUGUUCCCGAGGACGACAGCGAGAGGGGUUUUAGUCUCCGUAAGCUGUGGGCCUUCACUGGGCCGGGGUUUCUGAUGAGCAUAGCCUACCUGGACCCAGGUAACAUCGAGUCUGACCUGCAGUCUGGUGCUAAAGCUGGCUUCAAGCUCCUCUGGGUGCUGCUGGGAGCCACCAUCAUCGGCCUGCUGCUGCAGCGGCUGGCGGCCCGGCUGGGCGUGGUGACCGGGAUGCACCUGGCUGAAGUCUGCAACCGCCAGUACCACACUGUGCCUCGUAUCAUCCUGUGGUUGAUGGUGGAGCUGGCGAUCAUUGGCUCAGACAUGCAGGAGGUCAUUGGCUGUGCCAUCGCUUUCAGCCUUCUCUCCUCUGGCAGGAUCCCCUUGUGGGGUGGUGUCCUCAUCACCAUCAUCGACACCUUCGUCUUCCUCUUCUUGGACAAGUAUGGUCUGAGGAAGCUGGAAGCAUUUUUUGGUUUGCUCAUUACUGUCAUGGCCAUCACAUUUGGAUAUGAGUAUGUGACAGUGAGUCCAGACCAAGGCCAGCUGCUGAUGGGGAUGUUCGUGCCGUACUGUAAAGACUGUGGGCCAGUUCAGCUGGGCCAGGCCGUCGGCAUCGUAGGAGCAGUCAUCAUGCCUCACAACAUUUACCUCCACUCUGCUCUCGUCAAGUCUCGAGAGGUGGAUCGGACAAACAGGAAGGAAGUAAAAGAGGCCAACAAGUAUUUCUUCAUUGAGUCGACCAUUGCGCUGUUUGUCUCUUUCCUCAUCAAUGUCUUUGUGGUGGCCGUUUUUGCCACGGCUUUCUACGAACGCACAAAUUUAGAGGUGCACAAUGUCUGCAAUCAGUCAGGAAGUCCUCAUGCACAUGAAAUCCCUCUGAACAAUGAAACUCUAGAGGUGGACAUCUAUAAAGGGGGAGUGGUGCUGGGCUGUUUCUUUGGCCCAGCAGCGCUCUACAUCUGGGCUGUGGGGAUCCUUGCAGCUGGUCAGAGCUCCACCAUGACCGGAACGUACUCUGGUCAGUUUGUCAUGGAGGGUUUCCUGAACCUGCGCUGGUCGCGUUUUGCUCGGGUGUUGUUGACCCGCUCCCUCGCCAUCACCCCCACACUGCUGGUGGCCAUCUUCCAGGACACGCAGCGUCUUACGGGCAUGAACGACUUCCUCAACGUGCUGCAGAGCAUGCAGUUGCCAUUCGCCCUCAUUCCCAUCCUCACCUUCACCAGUUUGCCAUCUCUCAUGAAUGAGUUUGCCAACGGCAUGGUGUUUAAGAUCGGAGGAGGGGUGGUGAUCUUGAUGGUGUGUGCCAUCAACGUGUACUUUGUUGUGAUUUAUGUGACUGCACUCAACAGUGUGUGGCUGUAUGUGGUGGCAGCGUUCCUCUCCAUAGCGUACCUGACAUUUGUGGGAUAUCUGGUGUGGCUGUGUCUCAUCGCUCUGGGAGUUUCCUGUCUGGACCCGGCCACCAGGAGAGGGAACGACACGACCAUUCUGAUCGAGCAGCAGCCGGAGUUCGACUCCUGAAUCAAACGUGUGCUCGAGCUUAUUACAAAGGUGCAGCUGUGAGCAGCCUGACUGUUUCAGCACAUCCAGUCUUCUUUGAUGCUGAUUUAUUUAUACAAUAGGUUUAUUAACUGUCACUAGAAAUUUUGUAUGAAUUGCACGAUACAUAUCUACGGUCCUGCGCAAACGUUCCAGGCACUAAAAGUAAAGUGGGGAUUCUUUCAAAUAUAAGACCAUGAAUAGUUUUUAUUUAUCAAUCAACUUGUGUUGUAAAUAGAAAAAACCUAAAUCAAUAUGGUGUGACCACACAGUUUUUCCAUGGUACUUGGCAGAUUAGCAUUUAGUCUCUGUAUCUUCUGUCAUCGUGUGAUCCCAGACUGACUCCAUGAUGUUGAGAUAAGCGUUCUGAAGAAAGUUAUUUAUGACUCUGGUUGUGUGUUUAGGGUUGUUGUCCCACUGCAGAAUGAUUUUGGGACCGAUAAGACACCUACCUGAUGGUACUAAGUGAUGGGUAAGGAUCUAAACAGCUAACGAGCCUAAAACUUUUCCACAGUACUGCAUUUAUUUAAUAAUCGAUAAACUGU